UGUCACUGCACACAAGUUUGGUAGAGAUUUAUCAUGGGGUACAAAACUCUGUGCUUUGGAUUCUCCUGUAUUCUACUUGCUUAUUAUGUGUAUUUACCUUUUCCAGAAAAUAUUGAAGAACCCUGGAAAGUGAGAUUCAUGGAUGCUCUUAUAAAAGUAACUUCACUCGUGGCCACAUUAUUUGAAAAUGUAGGUCUUAUGAAAUAUGAAGAACUAUUUUCAACUUUAGCAACAGUUCACUUUACAAAACCAGUUUCAGAUGAAAAUGUUACAGUGAUUGACACAAACUUUAAUUACAUUCCUGUUCGUCUGUACUUGCCAAGAAGGAAAUCUGAAGGACAGAGACCAGCUGUAAUUUUUAUUCAUGGUGGUGCCUUCGUCACAGGAAGCUGCAGUAAGUGUAUUUCUGAUGUGUGUGUUGUUUCAUGUAUUCAUAUUCAAAUAAGUGAUGUGGAUUGACAAAGUACUUAUCAAUAUAAUGAUGACUUGAGUAAUAUGUGCUUCUUAAGUGAGAUACAUUGGAAUUUGUGGGCCAUGGCUCACACGUAUUUCAUAUUAGUAAUUAAAGCAUUAUGUGGAUAUAUGAUUGUUUUAUUAGAAAAACUUUACUUUUAAAUAAACACACAGAGAGCCUAGACUUGAAUAUGUAAACAAUAAACUCUGAAUUCAGACUAAAAUAAUCUCAUCAAAUAAAUUAUAUAAAACACUGACGUGAGCCAGGUACUUUAAUUGUUGGAUCUGAAAUAAUAUAAUCACUGCCAUACUGCAGUUAACAUAUGUUCAAGUUGUAGAUUAUGAUACAACAAUAAUA